AUGAUUGGCUCAAAUAACUCGUAUGUGCCAUCGGUGCUACUGGGAGCCGAGGCGGCCAAGUCGCCGUCGGUGCACAAGAUCCACAUUCUGGGAGAGGACGAGCGGUCCAAAUUCAUCGCCCACGCUCUGUCCGGGCUGUAUGAGUCGGUCGAGCUGAUGGGGUGGACCCCUCGGUACGAGUCGACCAAGUACGGCAACAUCCAGAGGGCGCGUAGGGGGGGUGCACGAGGCGUUGCGGCAGCUCCGCUCAUCGAAAAGAACGCAGCGACGAGGGCCGAGCCGAAUGUCGAGGAUGACUCGCAUAUCGACCAGCUGGUCGUCACCGGCAACGGUCACGAGGCGGCUCUGGCGCUGGACUCUGUCAAGCACCGCCUGGACAAGGACUCGACUGUGUGCCUGAUGAAUGACGGGCUGGGCGUGCUCGAGGACGUGAGGAGGAAGAUAUUUAGCGGCACAAUGGACACACCCGACUUCCUGCUGGGCCACAUGAGCCACCGCCUGGCGUACAACCGGAAGUACGACUCGGUCAGAGAGCUCCGGUUCGGGCAGCUCAUGCUCACGCCGGCGAGCACAACCAGGACGAUCCGUACGCAGGAGCUGCAGCGCAAGGUGGAGACGCGGGUCAAUUUUGUCGAGACGGUGGCCGGUAGCAAGGCGCUCAACUCGACCAUGACACAGUACGACCAAUGGCUGCGGUUCAAGCUGCCCUCCGUCAUCUUCAACGCCGUCGUGGAGCCCGUAUGCGUCCUCCUGGACGAGCAGUACCAGGGUCUCUUGCAGAACCGCCCAGCCGAGCGUAUGAUGCACCGACUCCUCGAGGAGAUUGUGGCGGUGCUCACCUCGAUGCCUGAGCUUCGCAAUUCGUCGGCCAUUCGCGACUUUGUCAACGGUCGCGCCAUCCGCAACGUCCUCUACGGCGGUAUCAUGGCCAAGAAGUCCCAACCCAGCAGGCUGGCCACCCAGCUCACCAGGGGCCUACCCACCGACGUCGACUACCUCAACGGCUACUUCAUCCAGCGCGGUCAGAGGCUCGGUCUCGACCUUCGCUACCACUCCAUGAUGCGCGACAUGGUCAAGGCCAGGCACUCCCAGGAGAUCGAGAAGCUCAACUCCCACGUGCCCUUUGAGGAGACGUCUGUACCCUCGGAGCUCGGCUACCGCUACCGCACCCGCACCCGCACCCGCGGAGGGCAGGAGUCAGACAAAGGCUUUAUUUACCUGGGGAUCCGCAAAGCCCGCCUAGAGCAGCUCAAGGCGCAAGGUGGUGGUGGCAGUGGUCCGUCGAUGGGUCGCGGCGGCGGCGGUGCCGGCCAGGAACAGCAGGAAGCACAGAGGAGGAAGCAAGAAGAGGCUCGACAGCACAUCCUCCAACAGAUCCUUCACCCGGAGGCGGCGGACCGACUAGGUCGCAUCAGGCUGGUCAAGGAGCAGAGGGCCACCGACGUGGAGAACAGGCUCAUCAUGCUGGCGCAGUCGGGACAGCUGAGGUCAAAGGUGACGGAAGAGCAGCUCAAGGACCUGCUCAACGCCGUGGCGGACAACAAGGAGGAGGAGAAGAUCGUGGUGAAUCGUCGCAAGGCGUGGGACGACGAGGACGACGAUUUCGACCUGUAA